UUAACUUCUGUAUUUGUGUUUUUUAUACAAUUCAAAAGUUUUCAAUCAAAACUGCAAACAAAAUGACAGAUGUAGAAGAUAUUAUACAUUAUAUUAAAUCAUUAAGAAAGGGUUUUGAUAAGGAUUUGUUUCAAAGAAAAAUCGAUGAACUUGCUUAUAUUGUGGAAAAUGAAGGCUUGGAGUAUAAUGAUUUCCAAACGUUAUUCAAAGUUUGGUUAAAUUUAUCAAUACCUAUAACGAAAUGGACAAGUCUGGGAGCGUGUUUAGUUCCUAACGAAAAAAUCGGCAAGCUUACUAUUGACUACGCUCUACGUUGGCUUCUCGCUAAACAUGAUAAUCAAUCAAACUUUUCAAAUAUAAGCUUUUUACUUGACUGGUUAACAGCUGCAAUGGACUGCAAUUCUGUUGAAUUAGAUGCACUUAAUAUUGGAUAUGAAGUCUUUUAUUCAACAUUGACAUAUGAAGCACUGGCACCUCAUUCAAUUAAAUUGGUGUACAAUCUGACUAAACCAAGUGAUGUUACAAGAAGAAGAGUUGUUGAACUUUUAAACUGCGCAAAGAAAAGGGAAGCAAAAAAGAACUUAUACCGUCAGAUUCAAGUUCUUUUGGGAUUGUUCAAGUCAUAUAGACCGGAAUGUGUACCUGAAGAUAUACCAUCCAUAUCCAUACAUACAUCUUUUAGAAAGAUAAAUGCAAACCUUUUGAAUCGAUUCACAAUAAGUCAGAGCAAAAGAAAUUUGUUGUGCAAUACAAAACAGUAUUUAUUGUGGACGAAUCCAAUUAAUUGUGACUCGGGAAGAAAUAAGAAAGACCCACUGAUACCAAACAUGGAAUUUUUAAAGCUUGGUUCAAUGCAGUAUAUUGAACAAGUUACACAAAAAACAUAUCUUGAUUUUUCUAGCCCAGUAUCUCUGCUGAAGCACAGUGUUAGCCGGUCCAGCAUUCGGCCAGCGCGACUGCGCGCUCUGCUCUGCAACGACACUGGCACCACUCUGCUGGCACUGGCCAGCGACAAUGAACAGGCUUUCUUCUCACAUGACCUGCAUCAUAUACUCAAUCACUACAAUGCGCUAGUGCUGGCGAGUUGCCUGAGCGCUGCGUCGCGCUGCGCACGCGCAGAUGUAUGCCUGGGCGCUGCGUGCAGUGUGCCGGCCGCGCUGCUGCUGGCGCUGCCGCUGCUGGCGCCCUCUGCCGCCACCCUCGACCACCUCGUACAUCUCAUACUUACGUACAGGAAGAUAUUCUCGAAGUUAAAAAAUAAGAACAAUGGUGUACGAAAUACCCACGAAUUUGAACAUCGACAGUUACUAAAGGCGUAUACAUCAGACAUUAUAUCUUGUCUGUAUCAAGAAAACUUCCUCAGCAACCGCCAGGAAGGUUACGUGUUCAGCAAACUGAACAUGCAGACUGUAACAAUGCUGAACAAAGUCAUCCCUAACGCUGAUUCUAAACUAAGUCUCAGGAAUCAUUUAGCAUUUGCGCCGUACACUUAUUUACAAAUUGAAGGUUCACAAGCUGAGACCAUAGACAACUCAAUGUGGUUCAAAUACGCCAUCGACAAACAGUUCCCUAGUUUGUGCAAGUUGUUGAUUAUGACUACACCACAAUUGAUUAGUUAGACUGAUUGUUGUCUAGACAGAAAUUUUUCAAUUCACUUUGAUAUAUUAGAUAUUGUAUAAAAUAACAUGAAACUUGCGAGGUGUGAUUCUUUACCCCCUUUUCUUUACCCCUUCCCCUGUAAAGUAAAAAAGCAUGUUUUUAUGACGUCAUCAGUCUCAAAUCUCAUGUGUAUGUUUCGUUUGACGUCACAAGUUACUUAACUGGAUUUUGUCUAUGUCCUGAUAAUUUAGUUGUUGUGUGAAAUAAAACUAAUUACUAAUAAGGGACUAUUGAUAAAUAUAAACGCCU